CAAUUUCAGAUCUUCUUAACUGCCGCAAACACCACGUUUUUGUUUAGCAUCUUUCUUACUACCUACAAUGGGCACCGUUACCUACCGCGACGGGAUCGCUAUCCUACAGCUCAUCGUAUUCCCAUUCAUUCUCGUUGCUGCCAUAUUUAUCUGGAGGCGCACUGGAUGGCGGGUUGGUAGCAAGAUCUGGCGAUUCGCAGUCACACUCUCCCUCAUUCGAAUUGCCGGCAGCAUCGCGUCACUCUUGACCAUCAGCCAUGAUUCCUACAAUGUCGAGGUCGCCGUAGCGGUGUGCGAGCUCAUCGGCAUUGCUCCUCUGCUACUCACCUAUGUCGGUCUGUUGAGACAAAUCGACACGCAGCAAAGCCUCCCUCCCCGCUUCCUCAACAUUGUGUCCCUCGUCGGCAUUAUUGGCCUGAUUCUCGGCAUUGCCGGUGUCAGCAGUGCGGAUGACAACGGCACAUACCACGUGAACAGCAUAGUCAAGGCAUCCAUGGGCAUCUUCCUCGCCAUUUUCGUCCUCAUCGUUGCGAUCGGCGCAUGGCUCUUCGUGCAAAUUCGCCCCACCAUGCGGGCUUUCCAGAGGAAGCUCUUUCUCGCGAUCGCCCUCUCCUGUCCUCUGCUCAUUGUCCGGCUGGUGUACUCAGCGAUGGGGGAUUACACGACUGAUACCCGGUUCACGGUGCUGGUGGGUAGCCCCACCAUCUAUUUGUGCAUGGAUGUGCUGGAGGAGAUUUUCGCCAUGCUCAUCACUAUGGUUCUGGGGGUCUCGGCUGUAUUGGAGAAGGACUUUGUGCAGUUGAGUCCGACUGAGAGGUCCGCAGAGGGGAAGAUUGAAGGAGUAUAAGGGCUUUUUCGGCAGUUAGCUUAAGUGAUUUGUUUGGAUUUGUAUGUGCGAUGCGAUAUAUUGUGAUUAGAG